ACGUUUUCAUUUCUCGGAUUUCUUUGUCCUUUCUCUGUCUUUGCUCUUUCUCUCACUCUCGCUCUCAACAUUCUUCAAGCUUUCUUCCAUUCUCUCCAAUGGCUUCCUUCACCCUCAGACUCACCCCUUCUUCUGCCUCUUCCAUUAACAAACCUAUACUCGCUUCUUUUUCUUCCCACCUUAACCCACAACGCGCCUCAUUCCCUUUCUCCAACAACCACAACCCCCUAAACCUUCAAACCCUGCAUCAUCAUCAUCAUCAUCAUCAUCAUCAUCUUUUCCCCGCGAUUCGCCCGUUCCUUCAACAAACCAGAGCUACACCAGUAACAAAAGACCUGUGGGAAAAUUUGAUUCUGAACAGUGAAACCCCAGUCCUUGUUGAAUUCUAUGCAAAUUGGUGUGGCCCGUGCAAGAUGGUACACCGGGUGAUGGAUGAGAUCGAAAUCGAGUAUGCUGGGAAACUCAAGUGCUUCAAGGUGAACACAGACACUGAUAUGGAAAUUGCUGAUGACUACGAAAUUAAGGCUGUACCAGUGGUUCUGCUGUUUAAAAAUGGCGAGAAAUGUGAUUCUGUAAUUGGCACCAUGCCAAAGGAGUUUUAUGUGGCUGCCAUUGAGAGGGUGCUCAAGUCUUAAAUAUGGAUUGCAGCUGCAGAAAACUUCCGGGCGAUAGAGGAAAUGAUAAACACUUGCUCUUCUAUGUCAUGAUGAUUUUUGGUCAAUUUUUCAGUUAGCAUGUUAGGCUAUUCAACAUUACUGAGUACUUGUACAUAUGUUGUGAGCGUUCUUCCAUAACAGGUGCUAGACUACUAAGAGAAUGAUACACCUCAAUCUCUUGAACUUCCUUUGAUGGAAAUUCUUCUGCUACAUGAGAUAUGAGAGUUGAAUUUCAUUGUUCUGUGGUUACUGACCUGAACAGUAGUUAUUCUGAAAGUACGAUUCGAUCACCUGCCUGAUAUGCUCAUUCCCUGUGUU